AUGAGUUAAAGCAUUACAUCAGAGGAUUAGCAAUAAACUUAAGGAAAAAACAAUGAUGAAAGUCCAUAAUAAAUUUUAGCAUUGGCAUUGAAUGGCCUUUAUUAAACUAAACACUUUGGAAAAAUGGUCCAGUUAAGUUUGUAGAUCGAGAAAGAAUAAUAUGAUAAGAGUAAAUGGAUGGAUAAGGAUGGAUUCAGGAAUGAACUUAAAUAAAAUAAUUUAAAUUUGGAAUAAGUUUGGAAAGAGACACCUCCUAUUUCAAGUGGAGUCAUCGAUCCUUAUGAAGAUGGGAAUGAACAGAUUGGAAAUAGAUUUAGGACUCGUAGAAUUAUUAAAGAAACAGAAGCUCAAUAGUUCUUGCUUAAAUUGAGAAACUUACAUAAAGGAAGUUAAUCUCCUUAAAACUAAAAAAAGGCUGUCAUUGAAAAAGUAUCAUUUCUAGAUGAAAAAGAAUCAGAGUCGUCAUUUUAACCUCAACUUAAUUCUAAUCCAAGUGUGUCAAAUUUAUCAGAUAUUGCGUAAAAAAAUAACAAAUAAUCAUCAGGCCAAUAAAAUCAUUUCAACUCGAGGAAGAAUUCAUUUUCAUAUUCAGCCAAAUCAUCUGUUGCUUCAACUGUCCAGCUCAUUUAAGUUAAUAAUAUGAUGAAAGAAAGGGAUUAAUAAAAUAACUAAAAGAAUGCUCAGAUAACAUCUAUAUUAAAACCUACUAUAAACGAUGAAUAUAAGUCAUCGAACCAGCAAAUGAAAAGCUAUAUUAAGUCUUUAGAAUAGCAUAUACCAUGUGGAAUCUAUACAUCUUCAUUGUACAAAGAUUAAUAACUUUCAAAAGAAAUCUAGCUUAAGACUUUUGGAAGAACAGCUUCAUAGUUAAAAAGACCUACCUCCGGUAUGAGCCAAAACUCUGUAUUUAAUAUUGUAAAAACUAGGAAUAAGGAAGAGUAAAUACAUUCAAAUUUUAUAAGAGUCAUAGAUGAUAACAAUAAACAGCUUUAGCUAUUGGAAUAUGAGCAGCUAUCUCCAAAGAAUAGACCUUCAACAUCUGUCAAGAGUCCUUAAAAUGCACUUCACGUUGAAUUCUAAUCACGUAAAGCUUCUCAUGAGUCAGAAAUUAAAAUAAAAAUAAAAAGACCUGUUACUGCACUUAAGAAUUUAAAAUAAGCAUAGAGCCAAAUAAAUCUCUAUAAUGCAAAUUUCAGACCUGAAUCAGCUAUUACUUCAUUGAGAACUAGACUGAGUAAUAACAAUUAUCUAUUAUCGGUAAGCUCUGGAAAGAAUAGCCAAUCUUAGCUUACAUUCAAAGAGGCUAUAAGUAAGCAUUUUGAUAAAUGA